AUGUCAACCUCAAAGCGUUGGUUCCUUCAAAGUUCACUUCUCGUCCUCUUCGUUUCCUUCCCUUUGUCUUGGGCUCAUAACAAGAGCCAUGAAAAGGUGGUUUCGGUUCCGCCACCCUCCCAACCCACCGUCAAUUACAAAAGCUGCUUCUCCAAAGUCUAUGCUUUCGGAGAUUCGUCUACUGAUAAUGGCAACAGCUACAUGCUAGGCAAUCUCCAAUUCUUUUCGAGCGGCAGCGUAAGCCCAUCCCAUUCCAAGUCAUUCAAAGGCUCUGGCGGCGGCGGCGGCAAUGAUGGCUCUUCAUAUUCCAAGUCCUUUCGUAGCUCUUUUGGCGGCGGCGGUGGCCGUGGGGGUCAAUGGUCAUAUUCCAAGUCAUCCCAUGGCUCUGGUGGCUAUGAGUUGUCUGGGCAUCGACUUACAAAUGGUCGUUUAGUAGUUGAUUACCUCACGCAAGGCUUGGGCUUGGCGACCGUAACACCUUACAAAUCACUUUCCAAGGAAUUUUCUGGAUAUGGUGGUGGCAGCGGCAGUGGUGGUGGUCGUGGAGGUGGUAAGAAUGAAUGGUCGGCUUCCAAUUCCAUCCACGGCUCCAUUGGUGGAGGUGGCGGUGGUGGUGCAAGAGGCAACGGCGGCGGUUAUGGUAGUGGUGGUGGUCACAGUAGUGGUGACCGCCGUUUGACGUUUCUCCCCUUUUACGAGGCCAUUAAUGGUGGUGUUGGCGGCAAUGGAGGUGGUGCUGGCUCUGGUUAUGGUAGCGUCAAUGGUGGUGUUGAUAAGAGUUGGUCAUUUUCUAACUCUUAUCAAGGCUCCGUACGUGGAGGCGGUGGUGGCUCUGGUGGUGGAGGCGGCGGCGGGGCAGGUGGCAACGGUGGUAGUGCUGGAAGUAAUGGUGAUAACGGUUCGUCGUUUUUCAAGUCCUUCCAAGGCUCUAAUGGUGGCGGUGGUGGUGGUGACGGUUCUAUUAGAGGUGGCAAUAACAACGGUGGUGGCAGCGGCAAUAACAACGGUGGCGGUGGUGGCAAAAAAAGUGGUGACAACGGCUGGUUAGUUUCAAAUUCUUUCAAAGGCUCCAUCCGUGGUGGUGGUGGGGGCACAGUUGGGAGCAGUGGUGACAACAAUGGUGCAGGUAGAAAAUAUUCUAGUGGUGGUGGUGCUGGAGGCGGCGGUUCUAGUGGUGGCGGUGGUUCUAGUGGUGGCGGUGGCGGUGCUGGAGGCUCCGUGGUGGUGGUGGGGGCACAGUUGGGAGCAGUGGUGACAACAAUGGUGCAGGUGGCGGCGGUUCUAGUGGUGGUGGUGCUGGAGGCGGCGGUUCUAAUGGUGGCGGUGGCGGUUCUGGUGGCGGUGGCGGUGCUGGCAGCGGCGGUUCUAUUGGUGCUGCUGGUAGUGUCAAUGCUGGUGGUGGCAGUUCUGGUGCCGGUGGUGGCGGUAAAGGCAGUGGUAACAACGGUUGGUCAUCUUCGAAGUCCUUCCACGGCUCGGUUGGUGGCGGCGGCGGUGCUGGAGGUGGUCAUAAUAGUGAUGACCGCCAUUUGA